AUGGAAGGUCUACUUGCAUACGACAGUGGUUCAUCGUCUGAAGAGAGCGAUGAGUCCCCGAAAAAGAAACCAAAGGUUACGGAAUCUGAUAACAUCAUAAUUUACGCGGGGAGCAGUAGAAAAACCGAGAAUGGAAAGUUAGAAUCUCCUUUCAAGCCUGGAAAGCAAUGUAGAUUAUUUCCAAAUAACCUAACUGAAUCAAAACAGAUUGUAAACGCCUGUAAUUCAUCGGUGAGUACUCAAAAUGAUUUUUAUGAACCCUUAAUUGAUGAUAAACACAAAACCUCUGCGUGUGGUUAUUUCCGGACAAGUACUGAGAAAAAUACGAAAUCUGCAGCAUUGUUCGAUUCAGGUAACCAGAAAACGAAGUCAUCUUUGAUAAGUUCAGGACCAAACGUCAAACCUUACGUGUCUAAGAGACAAAGAGAGAAAUUGGCUCAAGCAACAUCCUCAUCCCUUAUGGCGAAUCAGCCGUCACAAGACACUGAUUUAACCUUGAGAAAUAGCUCUUUGAAAGGAGCAAAUUAUCACCCAGAUGAAGCUAAAUUUCUAAACCGCAAGGACACAGAUCAAGUAUGCAAACCAUCAAAGAAAUUACAUUUAAAUCUUAAAGGUCACACCCAGGGUGUUAACUGCAUCAGAUGGAAUGUUACAGAGAGUAAUAAUCAUUUGUUGGUGUCUUCAUCGAUGGAUCGCACAGUUUGUGUUUGGGACACACGGCAAGGUGGAGCUUGUAUGCAAAGUUUGACAUGUCAUACUGAAGCAGUAAAAGAUGCCAAAUGGAGUCACUGUGGGUCACAUGUGUUGAGUUGUGGUUAUGACAAAACUGCAAGACUGUUUGAUGUAGAAACAGGUAUUGUGGUGUAUAAACAAAAGUUGUGAACUAAUGUACAACUUUCCUCUGCAUUAUGAAAACAUUAAGCAAGAGACCAGUGAUAGGGUUAGGGAAACAUAACUAGGUGGAGAGUGUUAUCUUGUAUACUCAGGCGUGGUGCAGCACAUUGAAGUGUGUGUGUGCGUGUGUGUGUGUGUGUGGUGUGUGUGUGUGUGUGUGUGAUUGAGGGUGGGUGGGGGAAACUCAUCCAGUAUAUUAACCCUUUACACCCUAACAUCAGUAUGUAUAUUCUCCAUACUGUUCUCUAUACGUUUCCUAAGGUGCUCACAAGGAGAAUUUGGUUAGCAAUGUAGAACUUCUUUAGUAGGUGAUCAUUUCAUUUAUUCUCAUGACCUUAAUGUUUGAUUCAAGGGUGAUAUACAGUUGUAAGGAAAAAUUUGAUGUUAGUCAUUCUUAGGAGUUAAGGGUUAAACCAGGUAAAAACUGUUACUCAAAUUAUCCAAAAAAUUCCUAAUGUGUUCUUCUUGAAACACAGGCUGGUACUGUUCAAAGCUAAAAAGGCUUAGUACCACAUAUAAUUUUGCACAUAUAAUAAUCCUGAUGAAAUGAUUUGAAAAGAUUACAAGACUGAAUAUUUUGCUAAACUAAUUUUAUGCUGUGCCCGCAGUAUUGUGGAGCCUGAAACAUUGGGGGCUGAGCCUCUCAUCAAACAUUUGCUUGGAGAGCUGGAGCUUUCUCCCCCCCCUGCCCUUGCACUUGUUCUUUGUGCAUUUUGAGGGGUUAAUGUUAUCAGUUUUGUAGUGUAUUGACAGUGUUAGUUAUUUUGGCUAAGCAUUCAUUGAUUUGGUGUGUAUUCUAUAUUCCUAUGUUUAGUGCUACAAAGCAUGUCUGUGAUUAAAUUAGAUGCUUAAAUUGAUUUUAUUGAUUUAUGUUGCUCCUUAUUUUGACAGGAAAGGAAAUCAAAGUGUUUCCACACAGAAACUAUGUGACUUGUGUCCAGUUUCAUCCCAGUGAUCCCAACCUGUUCCUAGCUGGGACUUUUAAAUCUUCCAUUCUAUGUUGGGACAGAAGGACUGGAAGUGUAAGUGCACAAUUACUGGACAGAUGUCCUAAAAUCUUCAUGUAACAAUAAAUUAUUUUUAGAAUAAUAACAUAUUUUUCUAUUUUAAGAAGAUCCUUUUACCUUAGAGUGAAGAGAGAGUUUUGAGAUCCAUUUAAGUCUGCAAAAUUUCCCAAGAUGUGCUGCAUUUUUUUCCUGUGUAUGAUGAAAAAGAGAUGUGACAUGAUAGUGAAUGCUGAUUGAUUGGUCCAGUAUUUUCCAAGUCCCUAGAUGCAGGCUAGCCUGAGGUUUUGCAGCUUUGAGGCUAGUGCCAUGGAGCCCAAGACAGCACUCCCAUUACAGGCAUUAGCGAUUAACUCCUAUCAACUGAUACAAGAGCUGUUACAAUGUGAACAUUGUUUUAUAUAUUUCUCAGACAUGGAGGAAAUAGAUUGUAAACAAGCCAUCACAGCUGGUGAUUUUUUUUGAGUGCUCAACACAAAUAGAAGUGGUCAGGCUGCCAAAAAAAUACCAGCCACAGAGGUUAACUCUACUUGAUAGGAAUAAUUUUUUUGUUAUUAAACCACAGUAGGAUAAUAAUUGGAUAGAAUUUUCAUUGGGAAGAUUUUUUUUUGGUAGAUUGCAUCAACAUACUCAGCUCUAUUUGGUCAAGUACAAGAUAUAGCAUUUCUACCAGGAGCAGAAGAAUUUGUUUCUGCUGCUGAAGUUGUCAGACGGAAUUCAACAGACAAGGGAAUCAUGGUGUGGGAUUUUAGAUCAACAGCAGUUUUAUCAAAUCAAAUUUAUCAGGUAAUUAUUAGACUGCACUUUAAGCAAAGUACCACAAACCCUUUACACCCUAACAUCAGUAUGUAUAUUCUCUGUACUGUUCUUUACACAUAUCCUAAGGUGCUGACAAGGAGAAUUUGUUGAGCAAUCAAGUGCUCCUUCAGUUGGUGAUCAUUUUUUUUAUUCUUGUGAUCUGAGGUGUCAUUCAGGGUUGAUAUCAUAUGGAGAAAUUAGAUGCUAAUCACUUGAAUUUUACGUAUGGAUGAUAAAAGUAUAUUAAUUUUGGUAUUUUCAGGAAGCCUUUACAUGCACUUGCUUGAAGGUCCACCCUUACGAAUCACAUUUUGUGGCACAGUCAAAUGGUGACUACAUUGCUUUGUUCUCAACAAGAAAACCAUACAAGCUGAAUAAGUUCAAAAGAUACGAAGGCCAUAAGGUAAUAAAAUUUAAUAAAGUACAAUAACAAAUGCCUUAUUAUGGUAUAAAUUUGGUUGGUCCAUCUGAGAAAAAAAAUUGUUCCAGCAAAACUCCUUUGGUUCACAAGUCCCCAUGGUGAAAGGCCUAUUUCAAACAAGCUUCCCCCCCACAUUAAUUCCUUGUCAGGAAUCCCCAUUCACAUGCCACAGUUCCCACCCAAUCUUUGGUUCACCGCCUCAAAAAAUAAUGUUCAUUCACAAUUCAUAAAGAAAACAGAAUGAUUUUUACUCUCAUGUUGAAAACCGUAUGAUGUAGAAAGUGUAACAUGAAAGCAGAUUUCAAAGUCAGAUCCAUCCUUUAAGGGAAUGUAAAAAGCUCAACAAGAAAACUAUUCAAUAAAACUGAGCACUUCUUUCUUAUUAAUCUUUAGGUUUGUGGUUAUCAUAUUGGAUGUGAUUUCAGUCCUGAUGGAAAAAUAAUUUGUUCUGGCUCAGCAGAUGGGAAAAUUUUUUUCUAUGAUCACAGCACAGCUCGUGUGAUGAGGACAAUAGAGGCUCACUCUGCUCCAUGCACAGAUGUUGCGUACCACCCCAUCCUACCCAGCUGGGUGGCAACCUGUGGGUGGGACGGGCAGGUUAAAGUUUGGACAUAAUAUCUGAGCAAAGCAACUUUUAAAUAAUAGUUCCAAGAUCAACCGAGGAUUGGUUACAAUUGGUUUUGAGUUCCUCUACUCGGUGAUUGGUCUAAAAAAACUCCAUUCUCAACUUCCACUCCACCAGAUAUUAUUAACUAAGAGUGAUUCUGCCUUGUUCAAUUGCAUUUAUUACCUCAUGAUGUGCAGUUUCAUUGUUUCUGUCAUUAUUAGUCAGUGCAAUGUUAAAUGAGUGUAAAGGUAAUCUGGGUUUGUUUUGGUUUUGCUUCACUACACUUAGUGAUUGGUUCCCAGCCACUCACUUAAUCAACCAGAUUUAAUACAAAAACUAAUCAGUAAAAUCAAUAAACGCCUCCUUC